AUGACAGGACACUUGGUGGCCAUGGUUGUCCACUUCGUUGCUCAGUCUAGGGAGAAUAUGAUAUUUGCGAUUUGGCCCUCCGACUUGCGCGUCCACUUGCCUUCGGGCCCACACGCCAGUGCCCACGAGUGGGAAUCGGGUUCCCACAAAUCGGGUGGUAGUACGAAGUGUGGCGAAGGAGCUGGAGUAAAGAGCGUCUCAUCACAAUGGGCCCCGAAAGCUCCCACAGAAGCCUCUCACUGUCUCCCAAAGGACAAAACCCAGGCCAUGGUUCCGGGCCCAAAUGGACAAGCUCGAGUCAUGCCUACUCUCCAUUUUGCACACCUUCAGGCUGUAAGUGCACAAGCAGAGGAGCAUGCUGACUGGAGCCCGGCUAUGCCUCGAAAAGCAGGUCAUCCACCGGCCGCUGGUUCGAACAAUGCUGUGAAGACGGGAAACGACGACCCGCGAGGAGGCGACUGUGAUGCGCGAAAGGGAAUCACUUUAUGGACCGUGAAAUCGGCUCGUUCUCUGCACCUUUUUAUCAUCACCAGAAGCUGA